AUGGGGGCCGAAAACAACUUCGACGGUUUGUCCUUCUUCGAGAAUAAUGAAUUCCAAAAUAUUAAUCGAGAGUUUUUGAGGGGGUCCAUUGAUAAUACUACAAAUGAAGAAGAAAAGGGGCUCAUACAAAAGGCAAUUAGUUUAUCCAAAAAAGGAGCAGAGAAUAUACAGAAGGGUAUCAAAAAGACGCUCGAAAAAACCAACCUAAAUAAUGCCCCAUCCAUAGUGUCCAAUUCGACGACUGCAGAAACGGGAACCAUGUUUUCAAAUUUUCCCCUCUUUAAUAACCAAACUAGAGACAAUGAAGCCAACUCUUUUUUCGCGUUCACCAGUGCCCUGUCGUAUAAAAAUUUCCCUCUUUUCUGUUUAUUUUUUGGAGUCAGUAUUAUGUUCCUGAUAUUGUCCUUCUUUACUUUGCCCAUGAUUGUUAUUACACCGAGGCAGUUUGGCUUCUUCUUCACCCUGGCCUCCAUCUGCUUCGUGACCUCGCUGGCCUUCCUGAAGGGCUUUUCGAGUCUCUACUACCACUUGAUGGAGAAGGAGCGACUCCCAUUCACCGCGGCGUAUAUUUUGUCCCUCCUCUCCACGCUUUACUUCACCGUCAUUAAGCCGUUAUAUUUAUUGGCCUUGAUUACAUCCGUUGUGCAAGUGUUCGCCCUCAUUUCUUUUAUAGUGUCGUACAUACCAGGCGGCGCAGGGGCAAUUAAAAUGUUGCUAACGACUCUGUUCACGUAUAUCAAAAACUUGUUCCGAAGAGGCAAUUCAUCAGACUUACCCUUUUAA